UUAAACAGAUGAGGGGGAAUUCUCUAACCCUCACCAGAAGAGAUCAGGGAGUAUUACGACUGUAUGAAUUCUCUUUUAAAGACUGUAACGAAAGCCAUUACGGUGAAAAUUGCAAAAAUUGCAAUAAAUCCUGCAGAACUUGCGACCCUGCAAGUGGCUUCUGCUUGACUUGUGCUAAUUCUUCCUGGUACGGUAAAUCCUGUGAUAAAAAUUGCCCAUAUAACUGUUCAGAUGGAAAGUGUGACAUAAAUAAUGGAGUUUGCAGCUCAUGUUAUCCAGGAUAUUAUGGACAAACGUGUAAACCUUGUAAAAUUGGAUGGCAUGGUGUAAAUUGCAACAAGUCUUGUAGUGAGAAGUGUAGAGGAGAUUGUGAAAAGGAAACAGGCGCUUGUUAUAAAUGUAAAUCAGAGCUCUUCAAACCGCCAUCUUGUUUGAAAUGCAUCGAAUCCAUUUCUAAGUGUUUGAGUUGCGAUAAAUGUGAUGUUUGUGAUAGAAGUCAGAGAUGGGAUAAUUGUCCGAAUAGAGUUGUCACGAACUGUUCAGACUGUAGGGGUAUCAAUUGUACAUCGUGUUCGAAAAAGUCAUGUGAUAUAAAUGUGAAUAAGACUUGCACUUCAUGCCCUAAUAUAUGCGUAUUGUUUAAUAAAACAAUGAUUGGCACCACAACAAUCAACACAUCUUCUCAAAGUCUAAUGAAUUCUGGAAACAAAGAAAAGAAUGACCUAUUAUUGGCAGUACUGUUUGGAAUGAUAAUUUUGGUACUGCUUCUUAUUCUUCUACUGAUCAAAAGAUUGAAAUUAUUAAGAAAAUCAGAGAUCGUUAGAGCCUUAGAUUCUCAGGAGAAUGGACCUAGAGAAGAGCAGCCAUUAAACCAUGUUGUACCACAGCACAUUCUGGGGAACGAGGCCAACACGAUAUUUCUCGAAGAAAUAACUCAGGCAGACGACAUUGUCAUUGAUGAAAUUCAAAGACUAGAUGUGGAGUAUACUAAUACCAUAGCUCAUAGGAUCCCAGUGGACAAAUUCAUUGAGUACCACAGCAUCAGACGUGAAAACAACGUCUUUGAGGAAGAAGAAUUCGCGAAAAUACCGACUGGGCUAAUGGAACUAUACACAGAGGCUGUAAAGAAAGAGAACAUUUCUAAGAACCGCUAUAGAUACGUAUAUCCUUAUGAUUUUUGUCGGGUUGUACUUAGCACUUCCGAAGGACAAGGAAGAAAUGACUAUAUUAAUGCUUGUUAUGUCGAGGGUAUUAAAGGAAAUCCUACCUAUAUUGCAGCCCAGGGACCAUUUACUCCCGCAACAUUGGUUGAUUUCUGGAGGAUGAUUUGGCAGGAAAACAGUUCAAGAAUUGUGAUGCUAACAAAUUUAUUUGAAGGCGAUCAUAUGAAAUGCCUUAAGUACUGGCCUGAGGAAGAGGAUAAGUUUGGUGAUAUUGUGAUUCGAUUGGAAUCUCAGGACAAUUAUGAAAACUAUACAAUUAGACACCUGGUUGUGCAGCAGGUCGGGGGUGAGGAUGAAAAUCCAAACGAAGUAAUUAAAAAAGUGACCCAGUUUCACUUUACUGGUUGGCCUGAUUGUGGAGUUCCGUUCGAUGUUGAUAGUCUCCUCUGCUUUCGGGAUCUUGUGAAAAAUGACCGACCUGAAGCUGACGGUCCAAUAAUUGUUCAUUGCAGCGCGGGUAUAGGGAGAACGGGGACCUUCAUUGCUCUGGAUUAUUUGUUGGAGGAAGGAUCUGCAAUGGAGAGUGUGGAUAUCAUCAACUGUGUCUCCAAACUCAGACAGCAAAGGGCGCAUUCCAUACAAACUAAGGCGCAGUACAUCUUUCUCUAUGACGCACUUGCACAGGGAUUGAAGAAUAUUAGAAGAAAGUCAUUAUAUCAACUUGUCGAUGAAAUUUGAAACCACGUCGCUUUUUUUUUUAACCAGGGACGUUCGUUCUACUUAUGUCCUCCAAAUGUGUUUCAUUAAUUGCUUUUUUUUUUGUACUUGAAACUUGAUUGCAAAUAUACAUAUUAUGCUUAAUUUGCAUAUUUA